CCUGUCAUACAGACCAAUUCAUACGACUCCUCGUCCGGAAACAGAAUGAAACUCACCUUCCAGCAGACCAUCCUCCUCGCUUUAGGUGGUCUACACCAGGCCAACUGUCACUGUAAGUCACACCAGUCCUCAAUAGACACCUACCAAGAUGAGACUGACAGCGCUCAAGAUGGAUACCCCGUAGUCGUAGUAGAUGGUGUGAUCUCCAAGCGCUGGGAGUACACUCGACCAACGACGAGCUUCGCUCCAAACUACGACUACUCCGGUCCGGAAUCGACGUGCGGUUUUAAUGCGACGCUCCCACUCUUCCCCAUCAAGACGGUUCAAGUGAAAGCAGGGAGCACUGUUGGGUUUGGUGCCAUGUACAUGAGCGCUAAGAAUGGGAACAUUGACGAGCACACCGAUUUCACCGAUUUCGACCCCUCUUUCUACAUGUACCACGACGGACCCGCUACAGCAUACCUCUCUAAAUCGCCUGGAGAACUGAACGAAUACGCGGGCGAUGGUGAUUGGUUCAAAAUCGCGGUUGUUGGCGCCAAAGACGGAUUGACCUGGGACUAUGCAGCAGCCAAAGCUGUCAACAUCAUGAACUUCACCAUCCCGGCAUCCACGCCCCCAGGCAAAUACCUCAUGCGCGCUGAACAUCUCAACAUCGCGACCUACUACAAGAGCACGCAGAUGUUUAUCAACUGUGCACAUAUUGAAGUCACUGGAUCUGGUGAAGGAGUUCCCGGCCCGACGACCAAGUUCCCUGGCGCUUUCACAGCGAGCGACCCUGGGAUCUGGCUACCCAGCGCUUUGGGCCGUCCCACUCAGCCGAUGGAUGAGCUUAAGAAUUGGCAGGGUGCUGGGCCGAAGGUCUGGAUGGGUUAGGCGAAGGACAAUGGCAUGAAGACCAGAAACCUCUUGUUCGAGCACAAUAGCUUUCCAGUGACCGUUCCGAAGUCUCUGAAUAGUUCGGGUAUGUGCGUAGAAAUAGGACACUAAAUUCAUAUUCGACUGGUCGAUCCUCGGUGGCUUUUGCCUUUCCAGCCAGGUUUGUGAUGAUUCGUGCUUGAAUCCUUGAAUCAUGUGACUAUAUUUUGUACUAAAGUGUCUCUUUAUAUUGUCUAGUUGUUUAUAGUCGAGGAAAUAUGUGUAGCUAUGGUGACUGUUAACGUGAUCGCAGCAGGAAAGAGCAUCAUCGCCCACCUUGCCGCAC